GUUGCCAGUCUGUUACGUGAAAUAAUAUUGCGGUGGAGCUACUACUAUCUUGAAAUGAGGAGGAGAGGAGGAAUAAGUGCACCAGGCACGAUGCUCACUCGGUUUUAGAAUCUGACAGAAAGACCACGCGAGAAGUUUUGCGCAACAAUGUUAAGUCGUUCCGUAUUCCUUGUUUGUUGUUUUUUAAUGGGUGAUCUCGUGAUAGCGUCGAAACCAUUGUCAAUUUUAUUGAUAGAGAGUAUUCCGUCACCUAGUCACCACGUCUGGGUAACCCAUUUAGUUAAAGGAUUACUUCGCAGGGGCCAUCAUGUGCACGUAAUGAGCAUACAAGAAACCAAGAUCAAGGGUAAACUCGCGCAGAAUUUGACAUACGCCGUAUUCGAUGGCUUGAUGCAAACUUAUGAAGAAGCUGACGAUUAUAACCCACAUGAAUGGGAACAGUACAGCGUAAUUUAUAUGUCGUAUUUUACGUAUCUGUGGGGCGUUAACGCAUGUGAGACAGUAGUAAAAACCAAGUCAGCGAAAGAGCUCGUGGAAAUGGUUAAAACUGUCGAGUUUGACGUUAUAGUGCAGGAUAUUACUUUAAGUCAAUGUUUGUAUGGAUUAUGGGAGAUUGCUAAAGGUAAGCCACCUAUAGUAGGCUAUGUUCCAUUUGGUCCUGCACCUUGGCUCAAAGAUUACAUUGGUGGGCCAAGUUACCCGACAGUUCGACCCUACACACACGCUGCCAUCGCGAAGCCCGAAGGAUUGUUGCUGAGAACAUGGAACGUGGUAUAUUUCAUUAUAGAUAAUCUAGUACGAAAGUACUAUUUCUUGCCUAUUACUCAACAACUUGCUGAGGAAUACAUAGGCCACGCAAUCAGGCCAUUACGUGAGAUAGAGAAAGACAGUAUUAAUAUUGUACUAAUUAAUACUCAUCCUGCAUUUGAAUCUGCGAUCCCACUGCCGCCCAACACCCUGGAGAUUGCAGGUCUGAAUGCUCAAGACGUGCAACCAAUUGCCGGCGAGGUAGUCGUAACGUAUCCUGAGGAUGUGCGGGCAUUUCUUGACGGAGCAACCGAUGGAGCCAUUAUAAUAUCUUUGGGAACGAACGUGAAAUGGAAAACUUUUGGGCUGGACAAGAUUAAAACCGUUUUACUGGCUCUGUCGAAACUGAAGCAACGAGUACUGUGGAAGCUAGAUAUUGAAGUGCCAUUUGAAAUACCAAACAAUGUAAUGCUGGUGAAAUGGUUGCUGCAAAACGAAGUUUUAUCUCAUAAAAAUGUAAAAGCAAUCUGGACGCAUGGUGGUCUUCUAAGCACGCAAGAAACCAUUUGGAAGGGUAUACCAAUGAUUGUAAUGCCUUUCUUUAUGGAUCAAAAGUCCAAUUCGGAAAUAUUAGUGUCUAAAGGCGUGGCCAUACGCUUAAGCUAUAGUACUUUAUCUGUGCAGUCCAUACUACACGCAGUUGAAGAAGUACUUCAUAAUAAAAGGUAUAUUUUAAUCAUGUUUCAACAUCAUUAUUAUUAUAUUUAAGCAGUAAAUUAACAA